AUGGCUUUAUAUUACAACUUAGUUUUUGGCUUACUUGUCAUUGAAAUGGCUUUUUUUGCCAUUCUUUCAUUGCCAUACCCAAGGCAAGUUAGAAGAACAGUUUUAUCAACAGUGUCAGCGCCGUUUAGAAACGAGCAAUUUCAAAUUGCAUUGAAAUGUGUCUUGGGAUUUGUGUUUGUCUUGUUUGUUGAUUCUGUAAAUCGUGUUUAUGCAGUCACCUCAGAAUUAACUUCAGCAACCCAAGCCCAUCCAGGUACGUCAAUAAUGAAUGACAGAUCAGAAAUUCAAGCAAGAAGGUUCUAUGCUCAAAGAAAUAUGUACCUUUGCGGAUUCACUUUGUUUUUGACUUUGAUUUUGACUAGAACUUAUAAUUUGGUUGUUGAGUUGAUUGCUACAAAGGAUAAAGUUGAUGCUUUGAAGGAAAACAAUGCUGAGGAUGUUUCUACUACAGCUGGGGAUAGUGAAGAAUUGGUCAAAUUGAAGGCUGAAUUGGCUGAAAAGGAAAGAACUUUGGAGACUUUGAAAAGCCAAGCCGGAACUUUGAGUAAGGAUUACGAAGGUGAAUCUGAAUUGAAAGAGAGGAGAUAG